AUGGAAGACAAAAAUGUUGUAUUAAAAGAAAACAAUAAUUUAUUGCGCCAAAAAGUAAGUUAUCUAGAGCAAAAAACCGCAAAAAAAACUGAAUACGAAAGUGUAAAUAAACAAGAUCAGAUAAUGGAUCACUCUGUUGAUAAAAAAUUCACAAGGUCGCUACCACCUCAUACACAAAAUAGAUCAUUCACAGAAGUAGUAGCUCAAAUGUCAAAAAGUUUAAGUAGUUCCUCUGAACAGAAGACAAGUGACAAUAUUAAUGUCAACCUCAAAAAUAAACAAACAACUGAGGUUAAUGAGCAAAUAAAAAAACAUAAAAUAACUGAGGAAAACAGCGAUAGUGACUCAGAUGGGAUCCAAAAAGUUAUACACAAGAGACAUUGGUACAUAACUAAAAAGAAUAUAGGAACGGCAGUAAGCGAUGACGAUAGCACAAGUGGUUUUGCAGGGGAAAAGAAAAAAGUGUGGCUAUACUUGUAUAGAGUGAAGAGAACAACAAAACAAGAGGAGAUAUGUAAAUUUCUAAUAAAAAAAGAGGAAAAUGCAAUAAGAGUCUAUUAUGGAAAUUGUAUUGAUGACAUAGAAGAACUUCUAACAAACAACAGUGACUGUAAAAUAUUGUGCACAACAGAACAUUGGAAAACUAAAGAAGAAUUAAGUGAAUAUGGAAUUAACAAUUUUGUGCUGACAGCUAGUCAUUGUAGAAAUAAUGUGAAUGAACAUGGAGGAACAGCUAUAUAUCUUAGUAAAGAUAUCAUUGGCCAGGAAAGAAAGGAUAUACAAGAGUUAUCAGUAGAUAGGAAUGCAGUACAUAUAACCGCAGACCAAGAAAUAAGUUUAGAAGACGACCGUAAGAAUAUGAUAAACGCAAACAACUCCGAGAUAAGGCCAAACCAAAUGUGUGUUGCAGUAGAAUCACAGGUUGAUGACCAAAUGGCCGCGGAAAAAGACAUAGGUAUAAACGACAGUUCCAUAAAUUCAAACAACUGUGAGACUGGGUUCAGCCAAACAUAUGGUGCAGCUGCAACAAAGGAAACGACCCGUAUAAUUGAGAUGGCUUCAUGCAGUAAAUUUUCAAACCCUGAGGAACAGUUCGAGUACUCGACUUUACCCGUGGAAGACAAUUAUGCUGAUGAAACGGAUGACGACGACUCCGUUAAGGAUAAAAAUUGGGAACCAAAUGAGGGGUCAGAAAGGACCAGUGAAGGUGAACAAGAAGAUAAUUUAUCAAAUAUUAAUUUAGAAGAAAUCCCUUUACAAGGUCAAGCAGCUCCUCCCAAGAAAAAGCGAUGUCGUUGGAUGAAAGCAGAUCCUUCUAAUUGGAGUAGAAAUAUUGAGAGGAAAAAAAUGUUUGAUUGUUUGCCAUAUAAAACAAAAAAAGAAAGACCUGCAAAAGUUCCUCAAAAAGUUAAAUGUGACACUUCGCGACCUGGAGCAAAUGUGGAACCUUCCAAAAAGCGAAAGCAUAGCAGGGAAUGCUACCUAAUGAAAAACGAGGUAAAAUACAGGGUAUGUCAGAAGUUUUUUCAAAAAACUUUAAACAUUAGCAAUGGUCCUAUAAAUAGAGCUUUUGAAGGUAGCGAGAAUGGAAAUUUUACGGCAGCUGAUAAGCGUGGUAAGAAGACUCCUCACAAUAAGUGUAAAGACGAUGAUAUGGCUUUUGUUAAACAGCACAUUGAGAGCUUUCCUGUAAUGGAGUCACAUUACUGCAGGAAAAAUACUCAAAGGCGAUAUUUAGACUCAAAAUUAUCCAUCACAAAAAUGUACUUCUUGUAUAAAGAGUACUGUAAUGAAAAUAAUCGCAUUCCGGUAUCACACUCAAUGUAUAGAAACAUAUUUUGCAAGUCGUAUAACUUAUCAUUCUUCGUCCCUAAAAAAGAUCAAUGUUCCACGUGCCAUACCUUUAGUGAAGCUAAGAGGACAGGGACAUUAAACGACCAACUUCAAGUCGAUUACAAUAAUCAUAUAAAGCGAAAAGAUGAGGCAAAUUUAGCUAAAGUACAAGAUAAAGUCAGAUCUAAUGAGGAUCCAACAUUUAUGUCUGUUACAGUCGAUCUACAAAGUGUGCUCCAAAUACCUUCUGGUGAAGAAUCGCUUCUAUACUAUUGUAGGAAGUUAAAAUUUAAAAUGGAAUACCGACACAAAUCUGGGGCCGUAAAGAGGAAAGAAAAACAUGAAAGAGAGGAGAAGGCAAAGAAAGGCCAACAGAAGCUGUCUGUUUUCUUAACACAGCCGAAAAAUGUGUCAAAUGAAGAGAAAGAAACUAACAUUGAAAAUGAGCCCUUAAUCCUCCCGGGCACUUCAAAUUCACAAACACCCUCCAACAGCUCAAAUGUUGGUCGUGAGCUAUCCUCACUUAGUAGUGAUGAAUUUUUAACUCCAUUACACUUAGAAGAACGUGACGAACAGGAUGAGGCAGUGUCAGCGUCUACGAACAUUUUGAGCCAACCAGAAGUUUUUGAUGUAGGCAAUUUGAGUUUGUUACAACUUAGUACUAAACAAGUUGAAGUUGCUGUCACAAAGGGGCCACAAGCUCAUCCCAACACGUUUCCUGCAGACUCAACGAGACGGCAAUUUCCUUUAUCUCUGCUUAAAUUUAAACUACCCAAUAAUGAAGUUGUUCCAAGGGAUUGGCUUGUUUGGAGCGAAGUGAAACAGGCUUUGUUUUGCUUUCCUUGUCGGUUGUUUUGUACUCAGACAGAGGUGGUGCGAUCCAAAUUCGCCUCAGUUAGUGGGUUUCCAAAAGAACAUAAAUGGAAAAAGUUGUACGAAAAGAUUCCUGAGCACCAAAACAGCCUUAGCCAUAAAGGAUGUUACUUAAAAUGGAAAGAUCUGGAAUUAAAUCUUAACAAAGGAGGUACUAUAUUUGGUAGCAUUGAAAAACAAUUGCAGAAUGAAAUCACUACCUGGAAACAGAUCUUACACAGACUCCUUCACGUAACUUUAUUUUUAAGUGAGCGAGGUCUCUCUUUUAGAGGAGAAACUCAAAAGGUGGGUCAUCCAAACAACGGCAAUUUUUUGGGCGUGCUAGAACUUUUAGGUCAUUAUGACCCUAUUUUAUCGAAGCAUCUAGAUCAGGUUAAGCAAUCUCAAGAAUCGAAUAAGAGAAUGCAAGUGCAUUAUUUGUCUUGGAGAACUCAAAACGAGUUCAUAGCAAGUUGUGCUGAUUAUGUAAGGAAAGUUAUUGUGGACGAACUCAAGCGAUCUAAAUACUAUUCUAUUAUGAUUGACGCUACACCAGACUCAAGCCAUGUAGAACAGACCUCUUUUGUAUUUAGAUACAUUAUUUUCAAAGAAGACGUAAAAGAAUAUGAAAUCCAUGAACGAUUUUUGGAGUUUUCCGACUGCAAUGAAAAAACUGGAGAAGACAUCGCAAAUCUAAUCAAAGAAGUUCUUAAAAAAUAUGACAUAUCCUUAGAUAACUGUAGAGGACAGGGAUUCGAUAACGGCAGUAAUAUGAGUGGCAAGUAUAAGGGUGUUCAGGCUCAUAUUUUAAAAUCAAACCCUCUGGCUGUGUACUCACCAUGUGGAUGCCACAGUUUGAACUUAUGUGGAGUAUGCGCUGCUGAGAGUUGUACUGAAGCACAGACUUUCUUUGGUGUUGUUCAGAAUCUGUACAAUUUAUUCAGUUGCAGCCCAAAAAGAUGGGAGCUUCUGAAAGAGAUAGUAGGAUCUUCACUGCACUCAUUGUCUGAUACGAGGUGGAGUGCUAGAGUAGAAUGUGUGAAACCAAUAGCGGCACACAUAGGCAAAAUCAUUGAGGCAGUUUCAUCAUUGUUGAAUCUUAACGUAACUGUUGAAACGAGAGCCACAAUCAAUGGGGUUUUAGAAUAUCUUAACACCUUCAAGUGCAUCCUUAUGGCGUCAAUUUGGGUGAAAGUGUUGGUACCCAUCAACUACAGAAGUCAACUACUUCAAACUAUGGACGCUACUUUGGAUGUUGAGAGUAGUAAUAUAGAGAGCCUAAUUGAUGAUUUAAGUGCCAUAAGAAAUAACUGGGACAAGAUAUUGUCUGAAUGCAAACAUGUUGCAAAUGCUUAUGGUAUCGAACCGGAACUCUCCACUUCCCGUGCGAGAAAGAGGAAGACUCUUCACGAUGAAACAGCUACAGAAGAUGUAAUGUUUAAUUUAUCCCCGGAAGAACGCUUCAAAAUAGAAGUUUUUUACACAAUAAUUGAUGUUUUGGUGGCCAACCUGAAAACGAGGUUCACAGCACUGAGAGAAAUCGAAAUGAAAUUUUCAUUUUUAUGGAAGUAUAACGAAAUGGACGAGAAUACGAUCUCAGAAAGUUGUGUAAGAUUCGCCGAAGAGUACCAUUCAGAUGUAAGCAGGGAUCUAGUUGAUGAAAUGAUUUACUUGAAAACUGUUAGUAAAUCAAACAUCUCAGAUACGUCGCUGAAACCAGCCAAACUUUUGAACAAGCUCGUAUCCCUUAAUGUGACAAAUCUUUUCCCCAAUGUGUGCAUUGCUCUUCGCAUAUUCUGUUGCCUACCAGUAUCCGUUGCUCAGGCCGAGAGAUCAUUUAGUGUUUUGAGCCGAAUUAAGAAUUGUUUAAGAUCUACUAUGGGUCAACAACGAUUAUCUGAUUUGGGACUGUUAAGCAUAGAGUCGAAACUUGCAAAAACUCUUGAUUUCGAGCACGUGAUCCAAAACUUUGCAGAUAUGAAAGCAAGAAAAGUUAUGUUGUAA